AUGCGCAGCUGCAUUGGAGAUCCUUUCGGCAUCCAUCCGAGGCUUUCGACCGCCGGUCGAUCUACACGCAGCCGCACUGCCCUGGCGCUGUCCUCGGUCCUUUUUAGCCGAGAGAACGCGACGAACGAGUUGCUGUAUGUUGCUGUCAGACCGCCAAGGUGGACGAAUUUACCCUGUGCAGCUUUGGCCGCAGCUGCCGCUGGGGUGGUGCGGCGUCGAGCAACGCCUUCCACCAAGAAGACUGCAGGCCUGACAGAGGAAGCGAAGCUGGCUUUGGCCAUGCGGGAGGAGAUGGUGCAGGAUACCGUAGAUGCCUCAUCGCCGGUGCCACAAAGCUUUGAUCAAGCAGUCGCCUGGGCAUGCUCCGCUUCCUUGCGUGCCACUGCUGAGGGUCAAGUACGACAGAGUAUGUACUUCAACACAGGCAGAAUUGACAACCAGGUGUCUGGUGAGCUUGGCAACGUGCUGCAAUUUGCAGAGAGGUUUGCCAAGACACUUGCGAUGUCGCCUCGGCUACCUCAGGGAAAUGGGGUUCGUGUUCUCUUUACAGAUUUUGGCGCUAUGUCCUUAGUUAACACGCGAUGGAACCCCAUCCCUGACAAUCUGACGUUGGAUCACCUACCACCAGUCCUGCCAAAGAUGGAACUCAAAAUGGAAGAGUAUACCAAAAUCAGUGAGUUCUUGGAGUCAUCGAUGCUCUUGAUUGUUGCACCCAACCAAUCCGAAAUGGCGGCCGUUCUGGCCAUCUUCGAAGUUAUGAAAGAGCAAGGUAAGAAAGUGCCCGUCGUGCUGCUCAACGCGAAGCUCCUGCAGGACAGCGUAGCUGCGGCAGGAGUUAUGCUGCGCAACUUCCGAACUAUGGAAAAAACACUUCUGCCAAUCUUUCACUUGGAGCAGUUCGAGCCUGAUGAUGACAAAGAUCCGGUGCCUCUAAACCCAGCGGUCAUUGUGAGGGUGUGGCCUCGACCGUACUCCGUCUGGGAAGACAAUCAAGAAGACCCUGAGGCGAUUGAUGGUUACUUCUUGCUCGAUGUCAAUGACUCACAAGCACCGGAUUACCAAGAUUGCAUGACUUUCCUCAAGGGCUCCAGAGAAAUGACAAAGCGCAUGCGAUUGAAGGAACGCCAGCGGAGGGAAGCUGGAGGCAAACUUAUCUGA